UUUUACAAAAACCCAAAACUCAAUGAAAGCGAAAGCGGUGCCCAAAGCGGACGACAAGUGCAACAACAAUCACGACUGGUUGUGGUCUCCGGUCGUACGCAACGUAUUGUCGCCAAUGUAUUAGACAAAGGGUUCGGCGGCGACCGCAAAGUCGACGACGAGUUUUGCACACUUCUCGACAAUGCCUUCAAAGAAAAAAGUCGUACGAAUGACUUGAAUAGAGUGGACGACGACUUGUGGCGCGGAUUCGCGGUAUUCACGACGACUACAGACGGCAACCGAUUUCAACAGAUCUCGAGACACAUUACGAAACAAUCGGCACAAAACAAACCCAGCAUUUGGUUUAUGUUUACCGGUUUGCACGAAAAUCUAUCACAUUAUAUUUGCGCUUUAAUGACAAUCCCAGCGUUUAAGGCAUCGGUGGAAAUGUCGGCUCAAAUUGUGCACUCUAUGGGAGUCGACGCCAUCGAGUGUUUGACCGAAACUAUGUUUUGGGAGACAGAUUUGAACGGCCAAAAUAUUCACCGCGUGUUUAUCGCCGCAGCCGUACAUCACAUGGCGUUCGUGGACGUGAUGCGCGCCGUAGGGGUCACUCCCGACGGCUAUUUGGGCGCAUCUCUCGGCGAACUGAUGUGCCUAUAUCUGGACGGACUGUGCGAUCGGCGCCAAUGCCUGGCGAUGUGUCAAGCGGUGCGGCUUCCGGACAAUCCGCGGCCAUUGUGGACGUUCAGAGGUGUAAACUCAUGGCACGAGAUUGAGCGCCAUUGCGCGAACGGCACCGACAUAUGUGUGGCCGCGCACUACGCCGACAGCCAUUUCAACGUAGUCGGUACGGAAGUGGCCGUAUAUGAGUUGCGCGACGCUUUACACGCCCGGCAAAUACAAGUGUCUGAAGUGCGAAAAAAGUAUAACCCUCUGCAUACUGGUAACUUAUUUGUACCCAAUAUGGGCCAAGUGCUACUCGACCAAUUCACCCAGGUGGUGCCCGAGCGAACACACUCUAAGCCCAGCGAUCGCUUGAUAUUUACAUCGCGGCCUACCCUUCGUCUGGUUGGCACCGCCGAUAACACUAUCGGUUUCUCUGCGGCCGAGAGUUUUGCCAAUACUUUGUUGUCCACAGAUUUUUUUAAAGAAGCGGUCGAUCGCUUGCCCGCCGACGCACUCGUCGUUAAUAUCGACUCUAAUUCAGGUUUAAGAGACGUCGCUCUAAGCGGUAGACCACAGGAGCUGUACGUACGGCAGUCGGAGUCGAGUCCGGAGCCGGUGUUUGGUAUCAAUCAUUUGUUCCGUGAGAUCGGACUCGUGUUUACGGCCGGACACUGGCCUCGGGUUCACGAUUUGAUGGCAAAUAUUUGA